AAGCCAAAUCCCGCCAUCUGCAACUUACAUGCGGAAGGAGGUACUCAAAGGGUUACCGUAUUUUUCCUUUCCUUCCUAUCUGGUGGAUAAGUUACGAAAAGCCGCACGAUAUUUCAGUUUAACUUUGCCGUUUUUUUUUUUUUUAGCUAUUUCCUCCUUGUUAUAUGAUCCCAAGGUAUUAUGUCUCUGGGCAGCAGACUGACGCAGACAGCCAUCAUGUCUAACGGAGAAAGCACGCCUGGCCCCGGAAAUCUUGUGGCAGAGCCGAACAAAGUGACUGUGGUGUUGGGCGCUCAGUGGGGCGAUGAAGGGAAGGGCAAAGUGGUGGAUUUGUUGGCACAGAACGCAGACAUCGUAUGCCGCUGUCAGGGAGGAAACAAUGCAGGCCACACUGUUGUGGUGGAUUCUGUUGAGUAUGAUUUUCAUCUUUUGCCAAGUGGAAUCAUAAACCCAAAAGUUACUGCCUUCAUAGGGAAUGGGGUUGUAAUUCAUCUACCUGGUUUGUUUGAAGAGGCUGAGAAAAAUCUGAAAAAAGGGCAAGGCUUGGCUGGCUGGGAGAACAGACUUGCUAUCUCUGACCGAGCGCACAUUGUUUUUGACUUUCACCAAGCUGCCGAUGGAAUUCAAGAAGAGCAGAGGCAAAAACAAGUUGGAAAGAACUUGGGCACCACAAAGAAGGGGAUUGGACCAGUGUAUUCUUCAAAAGCUGCAAGAAGUGGCCUUAGAAUGUGUGAUCUUGUUUCAGAUUUUAGUGAAUUUUCCAAGAGAUUUGAAGUUCUGGCUAAGCAGUAUAAAUCGAUGUACCCUUCACUUGAAGUUAACAUUGAAGGAGAACUUAACAAGCUUAAGGACUAUGCUCAGAAAGUAAGACCAAUGGUGAAGGAUGGUAUUUACUUUAUACAUGAAGCUCUUCAUGGCACUCCAAAGAAAAUUUUGGUGGAAGGUGCAAAUGCAGCUCUCCUGGAUAUUGACUUUGGCACCUAUCCGUUUGUGACCUCUUCAAAUUGCACAGUUGGAGGAGUUUGUACAGGCCUUGGCAUUCCACCUCAAAGCAUUGGGGAUGUUUAUGGAGUGGUCAAAGCAUACACUACUAGAGUUGGUAUUGGUGCCUUUCCAACUGAGCAAAAUAAUGAUAUUGGAGAUAUUCUACAAACUCGAGGACAUGAGUUUGGAGUUACUACUGGAAGGAAGAGAAGAUGUGGAUGGUUGGAUCUGGUUUUGCUCAGAUUUGCCCAUAUGAUCAAUGGAUUUACAGCGUUGGCACUUACAAAACUUGAUAUUUUGGAUGUCUUUUCAGAAAUUAAAGUAGGUGUUUCCUACAAAUUAGAGGGUGUAAAGAUACCUCACUUUCCAGCAAAUCAAGAAGUUUUAAAUAGAGUUGAGGUUGAAUACGAAACACUCCUUGGAUGGAAAAGUGACACUUCUAAUGCCAGAACAUUUGAAGACCUGCCUGAGAAUGCAAAGAAAUAUAUUAAUUUCAUAGAAGAAUCACUUGGCAUUCCAAUUAAAUGGAUUGGAGUUGGAAAAUCUAGAGAAUCAAUGAUUCAGUGUUUCUGAAAAAUGCACGAUUCUCCUACUUGAACUUCAUUUUGCAAUCGUAGAUUUUGACUUGAACAAUGGAGAUCUAAGGGAAUGGGUAUUGGUGGGGAAAGAAAGCAACUACUUUUUCUGGAGCUGUGUGAUUGGGAUAUUAAAUAUUAUUGUACUUGUCUUAAGAACAAUCUUGAUGUAUGUGUCAGUUUGUUAUAUUAGGUAGAAGUUUAUCAUUUAGCGUACAGCUACGCAAUGAUUUGGGGCAUGACAUGUUUCAUGUAUCACAGUGCAGCAGGACAGCCAUAGGGAUGAAUGGAGUCGCAGCGCAACCCGUAAUCCAAAAAAGUGUUUUGUGAUUCACUGUGGCCUUAUUCAUUCCUAUGGAUGCCCUGGCACACAGUAAUACUUGGGAGCGCAGCAUGUGUCACACUUAAACUUGCUGUGUAGCCAUCUAAAAGUGAGAUACUGAAUUUUUUAUUAUUUUCUUUAAACCCUCCCAUGUAGGGGUGUCAUCCACUUUCUUCUGUAAAGGGAUGUUCAUCAAGCCUAAAUGGCAAGUGUUGCCAUUAUGAUCGCAGGGCACUAACUGCCGAAGAAAUUCCAUCAGAUACUUCUA